AUUACGUGGAGCAUCUUCCCUCUGAUUGAUAAAAAUGCUCCCACCUAAGAACGAGCGCGAUACAGCCGGCACUACUGCCAGUGCUGCUGUUACAGAAAAUUACUCGACACCUUCUGGCCAAUCAGAUUGGGAAUCAGCUUGCUGCAUAAUAAACGCGCUUCUUUAAAACACCCUGUGUAACCAUGGCAAUGACGGGUCAGACGUCCUGUUCCUCCAUGAGCAACCACACUAAGGAGCGGGUCACGAUGGCCAAAGUGACCCUGGAGAAUUUCUACAGCAACCUGAUCUCCCAGCACGAGGAGAGAGAAAUGAGGCAGCAGAAGUUGGAGAAGGUGAUGGAUCAAGAGGGAUUAGCUGAUGAAGAGAAACGUAUUCGGCGUUCUCAGCAUGCGAGGAAGGAGACAGAGUUCCUGCGGCUCAAACGAACCCGUCUUGGAUUGGACGACUUCGAGUCACUCAAAGUGAUUGGCCGUGGUGCUUUCGGAGAAGUACGUCUGGUUCAGAAGAAAGACACAGGCCACGUGUAUGCCAUGAAGAUCUUGCGCAAAGCUGAUAUGCUUGAGAAGGAACAGGUUGGCCAUAUACGGGCUGAAAGGGACAUUCUGGUGGAGGCGGACAGUCUGUGGGUCGUGAAGAUGUUCUACAGCUUUCAGGACAAGCUGAACCUCUACCUCAUAAUGGAGUUCCUACCUGGAGGAGACAUGAUGACACUCUUGAUGAAGAAGGACACGCUGACUGAGGAGGCUACGCAGUUUUACAUCGCCGAGACGGUGCUAGCCAUCGACUCCAUCCACCAGCUGGGUUUCAUCCACAGAGAUAUUAAACCUGACAACCUGCUACUGGAUUCAAAGGGCCAUGUGAAGCUAUCAGAUUUUGGCUUGUGUACGGGGCUUAAGAAGGCUCACAGGACAGAAUUCUACAGAAACCUCAACCACAGCCUGCCCAGCGAUUUUACAUUCCAAAACAUGAACUCGAAAAGAAAAGCAGAGACGUGGAAGAGAAACCGGAGACAGCUGGCCUUCUCCACUGUUGGAACCCCUGACUACAUUGCUCCAGAAGUAUUUCUGCAGAACGGAUACAAUAAACUCUGUGAUUGGUGGAGCCUGGGGGUCAUCAUGUACGAGAUGCUUAUAGGUUACCCCCCCUUCUGCUCAGAGACUCCUCAGGAGACGUACAGGAAGGUGAUGAACUGGCGGGAAACGCUGACUUUCCCCCCAGAAGUUCCCAUUUCCGAGAAGGCAAAGGAUCUUAUUCUCAGGUUCUGCUGUGAGAGUGAGAACAGGAUUGGUGCUGCUGGAGUUGAAGAGCUCAAAUCCAAUCCUUUCUUUGAAGGGGUGGACUAUGACCAUAUCAGGGAGAGACCCGCUGCCAUUCCAAUCGAGAUUAAAAGCAUCGACGACACUUCAAACUUCGACGAGUUUCCAGAUUCAGACAUCCUCCAACCAGCAUUGCCUGUAGUGUCCAACCACAGUGAAGCUGAUUUAAAGAGCAAAGACUGGGUCUUCAUUAACUACACGUACAAGCGCUUCGAGGGCCUGACCGCCCGGGGCGCCAUUCCUUCCUACAUGAAAUCAGGGAAGAGAUAAGCACAGAACCGUCACAGAGCUUGUGUUUGUCCUUUAAGGAGCCCUUUCCCAUUGCUUCUCAUCGCUGCGGAUCGGUUAACAUCACCAGACUUGUCCGUUUCCUGUUAUGGGCCACGCUGUGAUGCAUUCACGGUAGUGGAUUACUCUUCUUCCAGCACUUGUAUUACAAUUUCUUUUUUACAUUUUUUUACACCAAAGCUUCUUUAGUAGAAGCUGCUAUUUCUAGUCGUCCAUUUUGGUUAGGAAAGUAAAAUUUGAGGCCUUUUCAAAUUCUGUUUUAUCCCCAUAACAGAGAAACGUUUCUUCUGGCUUGAUUGAUCAUUUUAUUAAAAAAAAAAAAAAAAACUAGAAUGUGGCCAGUCCACUUUCAACAAGGGACUGCUUUUAGUUCGAGUAAUUUACCAUCGAAGAAUUCUGCUCAGUUGCGACUUAAAUGUCAUCUGCUGUAGAAAUCUUGAAUCUUAAACAAAAAAUAAGAAAUGCAAGAAUUUGUCCAAGAAUUUGGAUGCAUUUGAUUUUUUUAUUAUUAUUCUUUUUUUAAUAUGAUGUUUUACAGUGCUGGCCAUCACAUGCUUCACCUUACUGGCAAUGGCAAAAUGCAAAAGGGGCUUCUCUUAUUGUUUAUGCAAACAGUUUUCAGUGCUCGAAAGCCUAAUAUAAUGUUUGUGAACCUGCCUCCAGGGACAAACAUUGCCUUAAAUUUGGAUACUAGACGAAUGUUCCAGUAAUCACUUGUUACACCAGCAAAUCGUCCCUCUUCCAGACCUUCACACUGAAGCAAAUGUUGUUGUUUUUUGUUUUGUUGUUUUUUUCCCCUCAGUUUACUUUCUUUACAGUAUACCAGCCAAUGAUAAUGACCAAUUGAUCUUUUGUAGACCAGCUUAUUUUAUUGUAUCGUAAUUCUAUUGUAGUUCGCUGGAUCGUUUGCGCUCACACUAAAUCGGAAUCCCUUUUCUUUCAAAGGGCUCGCUGUUCAUGUUUACCUUGUUCAGUUGUGGAGCAAAGCACGAGUCGGAUGAGCGUUGCAAGAUUCAGUGUGCUGAAUCUGCAUAUUUGAUUAUAUACUCCGCAGUCUUCCAUGUUGAUACUGGGCUGAAAAAAAAGCAUGUUAAUAGCAAAGCAAUAUUUUACCAAAGACUUGUUACUUUUAGCAGCUGAUGCACCCUUGGUAUGCCUUCGAGAAGCUUGAUUUAUACUCGAAAAUUUGAGUUUUCUACCUUGUAGAAAAGUGUGUGGGGGGUAGACUAGUAAAAUGUAUUUAUCUGGUGCAGUAGUUGUCUAUUGUCAUCAUUCCAGAAUGACUAGGAGUAGUUGCACUAUUGUAUCGAGAACUCGCGCAUCAUGAAAUGAGGGCCGUUCGAGGGAGUCCGCAGACGUCGACACGUGACUCGGAUAGGUCUCGCUCGGCUGCAUUUCAGUAGGUUCCUUCAUGGGCAUCAUGUUAAAACGGAAUCCUGUUCUCCAGAAGCUGAGCUUUAUGCAUUAUUACACUGUCCCGCUGUUGUAGGUUGUAGACUAAUAAAAUCUAGAUUCAGCUUGGAUUUGAAGACGAGAUCUUCUUCGAGCUAAUUGUACUUUCGAUCAGAACGCCUAGCACUUCUGCUGAACUGUGAUUAUUGAUUAGCUGUGUCCGACCAGAGCAGGACGCAGUAAGAAAGUAAGUUUCUUAUUUUGCAAUACACAAUGCUGUCAGUCAAGUCAAUAACUAUCCGCACGGCCUCACGAAAUCCAAAAAUGCUGUUGAUUUGUGAUGAAAAGAAAAAGCACGAUUGUGGGAUUUUCUAAAAUGCUGUAGUUUAUAUUUAUAUAUAUAUAUAUAUAUAUAUAUAUAUAUAUAUAUAUAUAUAUAUAUAUAUAUAUAUAUAUAUAUAUAUAUAUAUAUAUAUUUUCCAGGAAAUAUACAAGGGAGCGUCACGUUUUGUAAAUUAAAGCAUUAUUACGUUGACCUUGUAGUCGGGCUGUUCUGCUCGCAUGCUUUUGCACGAGUGCUGCUCGAACGUUGAAUGAUAUCUGAACGGCACGGAGUAAAUGUUUCAUUACUUUUAAACUCUAUUCUUAUUCUAUUAUUGUGUGUUUGGCCCUCUGUUCCAGCACCGUGCCGUUUAUUACUUAGGAAUGAAGCAUUCUUUCUCGUCGGAGAGAACGUGCUCGAUCAAAUCACAGACACGACACCCAUUUGACUGCUAGAACUGUUUAAAAAACGCGCUGAAGUGACUCAUUUUCAAAGCGGAAGCUGGUCUGCUGUGUGUAGUUUUAGGAAGAUGGGGCCUCAUUUAUCAAGCCGGUUACGAACACGUUUUAUUCGUGACUCUUUUAGACAGUCCAGUUAGUUUUAGGGGAAAACGUUUAUAUCCUGCACGAGCUCCUGGGUUUGUGUGAAUUUACAUACAAGGAGACUCGCUCGUUUAAACCUUAACUGAUGGGCUUCGAGUCGUAUAAUCAACAAUGACUUAUGUAUUUCAAUUACACACACGGAUUUGAUGCAAGUCUAGCGAAACUCAGUCGUUUGAUUAUUAAAGAAAGAAAGCAAUCCAAACCAGAGCCAUGAAUACAAAUAUGACCAAAGUAAUGGCACCCUCUAAAAGGAAGAAGGGUUAGUCUGUGCCUAUGGUAGCUGAUGAUGCUACAGUGGCUGAGCUGUAUCACUGGAAGAUUUAGCGUAUGCCAUGAGUACACUAUUUUUUUUUUUUUAGUAAAAGACUGAUAAAUGAGGCCCUGGGUUCAGAGCUCGAAUUGCACUGUUUAAGAGACGAAAUCUUGAUUACUGAGGUCUUGAAAUCUGGGAACGUCCUGUUGCACAGAAGUUUGGUCAUGGGUGAUGUGAUGCACAUUUGAUUAACUUUCAUGGUAUGUAUAGUACACGCAGAAGGCUGUUAAAUGUUCUAGAAACACACUGGUCGAUUAUAUUUACUUUUUCACACAAUCAUUACAGUAGCUUAGUCUUUCUGACUAAUUUCAGAAUAUUUAUAUACUGUCUAGAACCUUCUGGAAUAAAGUCAGCGUGUGUGUGUAUGUUUAAAGGAUUUGUAUCGUAAAGGAUUUACGGCUUAUUUAUUCAAACCAGGAACGUGUUUGAGAGUAUCCCUGGAUUUGAGAAGAGUAGUGAACAAGAAUGAGCUUGCUGGGUUUUUUUUUUUUUUUAAAAGUGUAAAAUCUAAUAUAAAAAGAAAAAAACAAAACUGCUCCUGGGUUGUUUAACGUUGCGUUCUACUGUGAGACGAUGAAGUUGGGCUUCUCUCUCUGCCUUAAUAUUAAGUUAGUAGAUUGUAGCUUCACUUCAUAGAGCACCUUUUUCUGGUUUGUUAUUGAGAGAGUUUGUGGUGAGCACACAAUUUUAAUGUUAUAAUUCAAUAAAGCACCAGUUUAUUUA